GUGACGUUGGUCGCCCUGCGUUACUGUGCGCCACUGAUGCAGGGGGAUCCAUCAUGGCGUCGAUGCAGAAGAGGUUACAGAAGGAGCUUCUAGCCUUGCAGAAUGAUCCGCCCCCUGGAAUGACUUUAAAUGAGAAGAGUGUACAGAACACCAUCACACAAUGGAUUGUGGAUAUGGAAGGAGCCUCUGGUACUCUUUACGAAGGGGAAAAAUUUCAGCUUCUUUUUAAAUUCAGUAGUCGAUAUCCCUUUGACUCACCUCAGGUAAUGUUCACAGGAGACAAUAUACCUGUUCAUCCUCACGUUUAUAGCAAUGGCCACAUCUGCCUGUCCAUCUUAACAGAGGACUGGUCACCAGCUCUUUCAGUGCAAUCUGUCUGUCUUAGCAUUAUUAGCAUGCUGUCUAGCUGCAAAGAGAAGAGACGGCCUCCCGAUAAUUCCUUUUAUGUACGGACUUGUAAUAAAAAUCCAAAGAAGACAAAAUGGUGGUACCAUGAUGAUACCUGUUAAUAUGAACUUUUUAGAACUCCAGGAGGAACUAAGUCCUACUGACCUAUAAAAGCACUUUUUUUAAAACCGUAUGGUCUCUGAACUUUAUCCUUGGACUCCAAUUAUAAGCAUGGACUCAGACCACAAACAUGAGAAAUGAUCUCGGCUGUGUUUUCACUAACCAGUUGGAUGCAUGUUUGGGGAACAAACUGAUGAAGAAUGGAAAAUUCAUUUUAAAGAGAAUGGAAAUGCACCCAUUGUGGGGUGUUGUGGAAACAUUUUAGAUUUGCCCAAGAAGGAGGAUUUUGUUUUUGAUUUUGGUCCUGGACCACACAUGUUCCUGUUAAUCUUUAGCACUGGUUUGUCUUGAGGUCCUUGUCUCUUGUGCAAUAACAAAGAUGUGUGCAUAUCUGGGCCAAGAAUGAGUAAUCCAAAUCUUUUUUAAGACCUGAAAAAGACAUAGUAGUGUCACAGUUUUAAUCCCUUUGCUUUUGUUGUUAUUAUUCCUACUGAAAUGAUAUGCACUGUGAAGUGAUUUAAGAAAAGUUUAUAGUUAUUGUCAUUCAUUGAUUUGCAGUUCUGCUGAAAUGGGCAAGGAGGGGCUGGUGAAUCCUGAUGGUCCACUGUAAAUAGUUGAAUUUAAGAAUGGUACUACUUUAUGUUAUUCUUCUCAACUUUUGACAUGACUGCAAAUGGCGGUUUAAUUGUCAAUCAUUGUGGCAUCAAAACCAAAAUUAAACAUUGAACAUCUAGGAACUAGGAGGGUCACUUCAACGUAGUAGGUUGUGAUAUUUUACCCUUUAAGAGGCAUUUCACCCAUAGAUAAAAAUGUUGUCAUUUAUUCAUCCUCAUGUCAUUUUAAACCUGUUUGUGACUCUUUCUUCUGUAUAACACAAAAGAAGUUAUUUUGAGAAUUGUCUCAGUGGUUUUAUAUUCAGACCAUGGAAGUCAAUUGGAGCCAAUGUUGUUUGGUUUCCGGUGUUCUUCAAAAUAUCUUUUGUGUUAGACAGAAUGACAUGAGGUGAAUGAAUGAUGAAAAAAUGUCAUUUGUGGGUAAACAAUGGUUUUAACAAUGGGUAAACAAAUGCUAUUAACAAAUAGCAUGACUUAUUUAUAUAAAAAGCAUAUUGUGAUGAUAUCCUGAUUUCUUUUGGCCAUGAUAACUGUCACAAUAUCAGAAAAUCUGAUAUUGUGACAGCCCUACUAUGAACUUGACCUCUGCAAUUUUACCAAAUUUAGUUUGUUGUUUAGUUUUGCCAUUGGCUGAUUAAAGCAGAGCUAGGUAACCUCAUAUAUUACACAUUGGCACAUAAGUUGUGUUCCUUUUUUUCUAUAUUAUGUUUUGUAUUGAGAAUACAAUUGCUUUUAAUAUUUAAUUUCUAAAGGCGUCUUCCUCUUAGUACCUCACUAAGUAAGUAGCCUUACUACUUCUUUUUGAUCUAAGUCACAAAAGUCAAAGUUAAGAAAUUGCUAAAUGUUUGGAAGUUUGUCGUAUAUAAUUUUGUUUCAUUGUUUUAUUCUCCGUAACCUCAACUGGUAUGAGAGUCCUUGUUUUUUGUAUUUUUUGCAAGGUAAGGGUGUUGAUUCUCCUGGUUAUAUUUGUCUGGCUCAGGUAAUUUUUUCCAAGGAAGGAAAUCAUUGUUAAAUAUAACUGGUGUUUUCCAUUUGACUAAAUGUUUUUCUUAAAGGACUGUUACAUAGUUAAGGAAAAGAAUUACAAUGGGAAAAAUCUAUAAACUGCUUGUAUGUUAAAAUUGACAAUUGUUUCACUCUUAAAAUUGCAAGUGAAAAUUGGCGGCAUGGAAUGUAGAUGUACAAAUAAUGAUAUUGCAGAGCACAUGCUUAAUAGUGUUUGGAUCCUCUGUAUUUUUCUCCUAAUGAGUGGCACAAAGGACAAGGAUUGUUUUUAUGUUUGUUAGGAUAAAACACUAAUACAGAUUUUCUAUCCCCAAAAAUGUACAUUUAAUUUACGGUAUAUGGUUGGUAAUGUAAGAUUUCACACUUGUUUGUUAGGUUUAUACACUCCAAAGAUGUGUUUCUUAGCCAUCCUUUCAAAUACUUGAAUAUUCCAAAAUUGGUUGGCUUUUUCCAUUAUCUGUGAUAAAGUGUAUAUUCAGACCAUGUGAAAGUGUCGAUAUAAGAAAAAAUGAGGAUGGCCAUUGCUUCCCCUGCACACAACAUCAGGAUACUUUAUUAUAUGUUGCUCAUGUUUUUAUCCCUACUUCUCAAAGAAAAUGGGGCAGUUUCCCAGACAGGGAUUAAGACUAGUCCUAGGCUAAAAUAAAUGUUAACACUGUCCAAACUGAAAACAACUUGCAAUGGCAUAUUUUAAAAUACAUCAGUGCCAUUGAAUUGUCUGAAAAUGCACACAAGUAAUGUUUUUUUCAAAAUGCUUGUUUGUAAAAAUUACUUAAAUGUCCUAAUUUGACUAAGGCCUAGUCCUGGUUUAGAAAAUCCCUCUCUGGGAAACUGUUUCAGUGUGUUAAAAUGACAACAGGGCUAAAGUGGAUGUAAAUUAUGCUGUGACACCUGUCACCAUAUGAAAGGAUGUCAAUAAGUUAUGGUUAUGUAGACUUGUUUGUCAAUAGUUUUUUAUGAUUGUAUAGUUUGGUUUGCAAGUUAUAAGAGAAAAAUAAUCAAGGGAGAUGGACGUUAUUUCUAAAUCAGAUUUUUUUGGUAUGUACAAAUUAUGUAAAUUUUGCCUGUUAAUUAAAAAAAAAAAAUACAGGUUUUGAGUACAUUUAAGUAUUUACGACUGUAGGACAAUAUGUAUAUCAUACGACAUUAAAAAAUAUAUAUUUAUAAACAUUUUACAUAUUGUUACAUUAUUAUCCUAAUAGUAUCAACAAUAUGCAAAAUUGAAAAUCUCACAAACAGACAAACAAUCUGCUCAACUAAAGUACGCAAAAAAGUACAG